UGCAUCUUCCGUAGUACGGAACGGUUUUUAACGGUCACCGUCUGAUCGAGAUCGAGGGGUGCAAAGGCAAACAAAACAAGUAAAUAAUAAUAAUUUACGCGCGCAUCCAACAUUGAUUCACCCCAACCCCCGUCGGUUUAUUCAUUUUGAGACUGAACGUUGACGGUUACUUGGAUUAGAAUUUAUUGUACGCGCUAUUCAUGACUGAGUUAGUACUCUAAAAUCGUUAUUUUCAAAAUUAUUGAUAAUGUUUUCGAAGGCAAAGCGAUUUGAACCUAUUGUGCCUGGUAAAAACCAAAUUAAGAAGCAAGAAAAUGAGAAACCUAAAGUUAUUACCAAGCCACCAUUGUCAGCAACCAAAGCUAAACCACUUGCUACACCUAAAGGCCCAUCAGCUAAAACCAACCAUGAUGCACAGUCACAGUGCAGUUCUGUGCAUAGUGUUAAAUCAUUCGCUACACCUAAACCAAUAAAGUCAUCAAUUGCUACAAAACUUCCAACUAGUCUCAAAAAAAGGAGUGAGGUAAAUUUUCCUAAGAACAAAACUGAGACACAUACAGAACUUAUCAAAGCUCAGGAAGUAGAAAUUAGAAACAAAGACCACACUAUAUCUGAAUACACAAAACAAAUUGAAGAAUUCAAAAGUAAAGUUUCACAGUUAGAAAAACAAUUGGAAGAAAUGACCCAAUACAGUUGUAAUAAAUUGGGAAAGCAAUUUUCUCAGAUCACCUUAGAAGAUGGAACUCAGGAACAUGAUUCAGUUGUUGAAAUAAAUGGGAAUUAUACUGUUAAGGAAUUAAAAGAUAAAAUAGACGAUUUGGAGAAGCAAUGUGAAAAAUUGGAGCAAGAAGUCACUGACAAACAAUUAGCAUUGAGGUCUGUUGAAGAAGUUAUUACUAUAAGAGACAGUUUAUGCCAAGAUUUGCAACAGAAAUUGACUAAUGCAGAGACAGAUUUAGAUGAAACUCGCCAAAGACUUGAAAUGGUGAAAGGACACCAUGCCCUCGCGUUGGAAGCUAACGAGAGCAUUAGACGCGAGUAUAAAGUAGAAUUAGAAUCUUUGAAGACAAAACUAGAAGAAGAGAAGCAAGCAAUUAUGAUUAAAAGCAAAACUGACCAGGAAAAUAUUAAAUUAAACUAUAAAAGUGUCAUUGAGGCUAUCAAAAACCAAUUAGUCAAGGAAAAAUAUGAGGCUGUUCAGGAGCUACAACAAGAGCUGAUUAACAAGGACAAUGAAAUUAAAGCUAAGAUCGAGCAGAUAGAUGAGGCUACACGCGAGAAGUUGCGGCUUUGUGAGAUUCAGUUCGAAGAACGCAGCCGUAAUAUCCACGAUCUGUACACUCAGCAGCAGAAGACUAUACAAUAUCUAGAAAACGAAAUUAAGGACCUCAAAUAUAAGAUCACCAUGGCUGAAGAAGAAAAAAUGAUACUUCAAAAAGAACUCAACAACAUAAAAAAUGAUAAUAUUUCUCUAAACAAUGAAAAAUUUGCACUUAUCAAAGAAAGAGAUGACAUCAAAGAGGAGCCUAAAAGAAAACUUAUUGAUUUUGAAAACGAAAUAAAUAAACUGACUGUAGAAGUAGACAAGGCUGUUAAGGAAAAAACGAAAUUUGAAACAUCUCUAUCUGUGACAAGGGAUAUUGUCCAAGUGCUCACAAUGCGUCUGAGAGAAUCUGACAAUGAGCUGGAACAUUUGGAAGACCAAAUACAGACAUUAACAAAUUCGAAGGAGAUUUUAGAAAAUGAGCUUGCCAAUUACAAGUCUACACUAAACAAUACUGCCAUGGAAUGUAAUGAGUAUAAGGAAGCAUUAGUAAACAUCCUUAAAUCAAAGGCAGCUUUAGCCAAGGAACACACUCGUAUCAUGGAGCACAAUGUUUCUCUCAUAGAAAGUUUGCAAAAUGUAGAGAAAGAAGCCUAUCGUGAACUCGGCUCCAUAAAAAACGAAUUGAUAGAAGAUGUAGAACUGUUGAAAAAGGAGUCAAGUUCUCAAAUAUAUUUGCUUCGCGAAGAGGUUGAGAAAAAAAGGAAGUUGUGUGAAUUGGCUACGGAGCAUGCAGGGCAGGCGACUGCGGCGGCGGAGCAGUCGCGCGUUCUCCUAGCCCAAGCCGCAUCGGAGAUCAACCGACUGGAAACUGAAAACCAAUGUCUUCAGAAACAGAUUCAAGAUCAGCAAUCGUUGGUUGUCGAAUUAUCUUUGCUCCGUCAAGAAAACGAGGAACUCACCAUGACAGUGGCAAAGCAGUCUUCAAUAAUUGACAAAAUGAAGAAAGACUCAGAGCAGUAUCAAUACAAACCUAAAUCACCAUCUGUUAUGCGUAAGUCCUGCAAAUUGGGCAAGGAGAACCUGCAAGCCGUUAUAUCUCCUUUGAGGGAGCGUAAUCAUUGAGGCUUUAUCGCAGUAUCUAUUGAGAAUAUCAUGGACGAUUGUUAUGCUAUCAUUAACAUGAAUAUGCAUGUAUUUUAAUUUUGUGGUUGUUAAAUUUUCAUUACCUAAAUCCAUGUUAUGCAUUGUUUACCAAAAAGCUAAUAUUUUUAAUAUUGUCAUUGUUCGAUAAUUUAUUUGAAGUUUCAGUUUUCAUCUGGGUUUGUUUAUU